GCGAGUCUUUAAUAAAAUUUAAUAUUUUCCAUUCUGCUUCGGGCUUUCAAUGACUUGAUCGGUCACAUUUGACAAGCAAAGAAGCUCUUUCUUUUGAAUGUGAUUUUAAAAAAGAAUUCCUUUGAAAUUUUAACUUAGAAAUAUAUCAAGCAAUGGCAGAAGACAUCCCAGAAACGAUCAAGGGAAAGAAAAUACCCUUUUAUCGAGACAUUGACGGAUUCCGCUUACCUGGCAUGUUUUCUGUAGAAGCAUUUCGAUCUGCCUUAGCUUAUAAACCUCGACCCGAUGACCUUUUCAUCGUGACUUAUCCAAAAUGCGGAACUACCUGGGUCCAGAACAUUGUGGCAUGCAUCUACAGAGAUGGGAAACCCUUUCAGUCAGCUCUGGAAUUCUUUACUCAGACGCCAUUCCUCGAAAUGACCGGAGCAGAAGCCGCGGAGACGAUGAAGAGACCGGGGGCCAUCAAAUUUCAUUUGCCUUAUCAUAUGACGCCGAUGUCCGCUGAAGCAAAAUAUAUCUUUGUGGCCAGGAAUCCUAAGGAUUGCUGUGUUUCUUUUUACCAUCACACGGAAAACAUUUUGGGCUAUGAGUUCCAAGGAGGCGACUUCGAUGUAUAUUUCGAAUUGUUCAUGGAAGGGAAGGUCGAUUUCGGAGACUACUUUGACUGCUUGCUGUCUUGGUACGAACACAGGAACGACCCCAAUGUGCUGUUCAUCACGUACGAAGAACUCAAGAAGGACACGAAAACCAAUGUUCUCAGAAUCGCCGAGUUCAUGGGUUCGCAAUACAGAGAAGCUCUGGAGAAGGAUGAGAAACUUCUUGCGGACGUCAUCCACCACAGUAGUUUCGCUUUCAUGAAAGAGCACUUGAACAGACACUUAGCAGAAAUGUGCACCCUCCCCAAAGAAAUGAUCAUCAACAACCCCGAUGUACCCGAGAAUCUAAGGAAACUCUUUGGCGGCGAUAAGAAGUUGUUCAAUUCUGAUCAAACAUCAGUCACUUUUGUGAGAAAAGGUAUUGUUGGUGAUUGGCAUAAUUAUUUUUCCAAAGAACAAAAUGAAAGAAUGGAGAAGAAGUUUAAAGAAAGAACAGCUGGAACAGACUUGCCGGACUUAUGGAAGGAUGUUAUGUGAAUCCGUCAGAAAAAUAUAAAAAUUAUGCAUGAGUUUUAUGAAUAAAUUAUUUUUGUAUGUAA